GUUCACUAUAAAUACUGUCCUUUGCCUUGCGCUCGGGUCAUCUCUCUGCCACGUGUCAGAGUUGCAUGUACAGAACAUACAGAGCAACUACUGUGCCAGCCACCCACUGGCACUGCCAAUAAUCUGCCACUCGUACACAAGCGCAUCUAAACAGACACUGUUACUCAGAGGAGCAGCACACACUCAGGCAUGAAGCUGAAGCUCCCAAACCCAGGCCUGGAGGACCGGAUCCUGACCCAUGAGCAGCUGGACAAGCUGGAGGUGGAGGAGGCCGGGGACAGGCCCAAAUGGGACAACAAGGCCCAGUACAUGCUGACCUGCGUGGGCUUCUGCGUGGGCCUGGGCAACGUCUGGCGCUUCCCCUACCUCUGCCAGAGCCAUGGAGGAGGGGCCUUUAUGAUCCCCUUCCUGAUCCUGCUGGUCUUUGAGGGCAUCCCUCUACUGCACCUGGAGUUUGCCAUUGGCCAGCGUCUGAGGAAAGGCAGCUUGGGGGUCUGGAGGACCAUAAACCCCUACAUGCUUGGAGUCGGCUUGGCCUCCAUGGGUGUGUCUCUCCUGAUCAGUCUGUACUACAACAUGAUCAUUGCCUGGGUCAUGUGGUACUUUUUCAACUCGUUUCAGGAGCCACUGCCAUGGAGCCAGUGUCCUAUGAAUGCCAACGGGACAGGCCUGGAGUCUGAGUGUGUGAGGAGCUCGCCUGUGGAUUACUUUUGGUACCGGCAGACGCUCAACACCACUGCUGUGAUCGAUGACACAGGGGGUCUGCAGUGGUGGAUGGUGUUGUGUCUGGUCAGUGCCUGGGGUGUGCUCUAUAUCUGCUGCAUCCGUGGCAUUGAGACCACGGGGAAGGCGGUGUACGUCACCUCAACACUCCCUUAUGUGGUGCUCACCAUCUUUCUGAUCCGAGGGCUCACUCUCAAAGGCUCCGUGGAUGGAAUCAAGUUUCUCUUCACACCGGAUUUGAAUGAGUUAGCAAACCCCACUACCUGGCUGGAUGCAGGUGCUCAGGUGUUCUAUUCCUUUUCGUUAGCCUUCGGAGGGCUCAUCUCCUUCUCCAGCUAUAACUCAGUGCAUAAUAACUGUGAACAGGAUGCAGUGAUCAUCUCCAUCAUCAAUGCUUUCACAUCAGUCUAUGCUGCUACAGUCAUAUACAGCAUCAUUGGCUUCAGAGCAACAGAGCGAUUUGAUGACUGUCUGAGUGGGAACAUUCUAGCCCUAAUGAAUGCCUUUGAUCUUCCUGAGGGGGGUGUCAACACAAGUAACUAUGAUGAGGUCGUGGCUCUGUACAAUAGUACAGAUCCAAAUGUCAUCCAAACACUCAACCUUAAAACCUGUAACCUGAACACUUUCCUCAGUGAGGGCGUUGAAGGGACGGGUCUGGCCUUCAUUGUGUUCACUGAGGCCAUCACAAAGAUGCCAUUGUCUCCUCUGUGGUCUGUCCUGUUCUUCAUCAUGCUUUUCUGCCUGGGCUUGUCAUCCAUGUUCGGCAACAUUGAAGGGGUGUUGGUCCCUCUACAGGACCUUAAGGUUUUCCCCAAGUCAUGGCCCAAAGAGGCUGUCACAGGUCUAACCUGUCUCGUUUGCUGCUUGGUGGGACUCAUAUUUGUCCAAGGAUCAGGAAAUUACUGGCUUGCCCUCUUUGACACCUUUGCGGGGUCCAUUCCUUUGCUUAUCAUUGCCUUCUGUGAGAUGAUUGGAGUGGUGUAUGUAUAUGGCAUUGACAGAUUCAAUGAGGACUUGGUGUUCAUGAUCGGACACAAGCCCAACAUCUUCUGGCAGGCCACAUGGCGAUUCAUUAGUCCAGCCAUCAUGUUGGCCAUCCUUGUGUUCUACCUGGUCACAACGGUCACCAAGGAUAUCUUCUACAUCGCCUGGGAUCCAGCCUCUGAUAACUUCCCCACUCUCGAGAAGAAGCCAUAUCCAGAGUGGAUCUAUGUCAUUAUAUUCAUCUUGGCUGGAAUACCUAGUCUUGCUGUGCCAGGAGCAGCUAUUUUCAAGCUGAUACAAAACCGCUGUUGCAAGAAGGAAAAAGAUGACAAAGCACAAAUGAUCGAAACUGUUUCUUACCAGAUGGAGGAUGGCCUGAAAAGGAGAGACUCAUGAAGGACUACAUGAACACAUACAAAUUUACUAUCAGUUAAAUACAUAUUCACAAGUCUGAUCUCCAGUUUCACUGAUAAAAGCAUAGUGCAUUUCGCAACCUUUUUAUUGCGAGCUCUGUUAAUAUCAAAAUGUUUCAUUGUUAACAUACAGAGUACUUUUGGAUACCAGAUCUGACAUUGAACAAAAAUGACCAAACUAGUCCAAAGAGACACCACUACCAUGUCAAUUAUUAUCAUUUCCUUUAAUAUUUCUGCACAAUACCGCAAUGUCAAUGGAAUUAUAUUAAUUUGUGGUACAAAAGAAAACAAUGCACCUAAGUAAAGCAUAUUAACUUAUCAGUAUUGAUUACCCAAAUUUUGUAAUAUAUGUAUAACAUUUGUAAGGUUUAUCACAACAUUGUAUUUUGUAUUAAUAUAUAUAUAUAUGAUGUGUAACAACAAAUAGUAAAUUGUGUAAAUGUACAUAAAAGCUUAAAUGCAUUUUUACAUCUUAUAUAAAUAUAUUCUGUGAAUAAGAGGCUUAACUUUAUUCUCUCUUCAAUUAUUUGAGCACAGCUUAAACCAUCAUUGUUCUUUGUUCAUAUCAUAUCAGCCUUUGAUUUUUUUUUUCACUUACUGUAGUAAGUCACACAUUAGCUUUAAAUCGAUGGUGAGAAAACAAGCACUUUAAUAAAUGCAUCAGUUCAGUGUAA